AUGGGUGACGGCAGCUCGUGGGGCCUGGAAUUCCGGGGUGCGCGCGUGGUGCAGGCGGUGUUCCACGAUCUCAUGCUCCGAUAUGGCUUUGCGUCGGGAGAUCGAAGACAUUUGCUGGUUCUGGGCGGCCAGUCUGCUGGUGCUCGCGGGGCCAUGGUGAACUUGGACUACGUGCCGGAAAUCGUUGGCCCUGCCGCCGCAAAUAUUCAGGUUAUUGGCUUUUUGGACUCUCCCUUCUGGCUUGACUUGCCGCCCUAUCCUGGGAGUGGCUUCAUUGGAUUCAACAACUCUUGCAAGCAAGUCUACGACAUGGCAAAUGUCUCUCGUUUGGGACGAGAUUGCACUGCCCAGUACGCUGCGACGCCCUGGAAAUGCAUCAUGGGCCAGUAUCGCAUGCCGUUCGUGAGGACAGGGCAGUUCUGA